AUGCCGUCAACUAUCUCUGCCAAAGCCCUCUCUUUGCUGGCUGCGUUUGGUGUCGUGAACGCGCUGCGUCCCAAUACUACCUCGAUCUGCGACUACUAUACUCCUCUCCUGCUUGGGAAGGAGAACACGCCUGCCAGUCAACAGCAACUCAUGGCCCUGAUCACCCAUACCUUCAUUCUGGGCAACUACACUACUCCUAACGUCGGCGUCAAAGUGGACGGGAUCGCAGGCCCCCAAACCUUCCAGGGUCACGACGUCAAUCUUUUGCCAUACUUCACGGGUGGCUACUAUUCUACCAAUGAGAACGGGAAGCCUGUCGCAAAGAACUGGCUUGACGAUGGAGGAGCUGGAGCAUUGCUUGCCAACAAGCCGGCCAACACAACGACCUCUAAUCAAUACCAACUCCUUACCCACGUAUACCAGUAUUUUGGUGAUUUCUACGGGUGUUCUCAACAGGGAGGUUCUGAGUUCCCCCACUACCAGGGCGUCGCUAGCAUGUGGGAGGUCCACAAAUUCAUGGACCCCAACCUUUGGGAAUCGGGCUACUUCAAUGAACAGAUUGUGCUUGCCGGAAAGUCAAUCGGAUUUGAAGAGCCAGACGUCAACUUUACCCGGGACGCUCUUGACCAGACGUUCACUUAUCGCUGCAUCCCUCCCGCUGCCGUCAUUCCCCCCUCCGCGGGACCUCAGCUGCAGACCAUCUGCAGUGAUAUCUACAGCUGCCCCCUUGCCGCGAAUGCCAACUGCUCUGCCUACCCUGACGACGGCGUCGUCCCUUAUCCCGAGAUUGCAAACGUUACCCUUCUGCAGGGAGUUCCCAAGGAGAAUGACACACUUGGUUUGAGCAGCACGUCGGCCUCUUCAUCUGCAGGCUCAUCGGCUACCGCUAGUGGGUCAGCAGCAACUCCCAGUACCUCUAGCAACAACGCAGCUGCUUACACUUUGGCCACAGGAAACCCGCUGAUGGUGGUUGGAAGCACGGUCGCCCUUUUUGGCAUGGCUCUCCUCCUGUGA